UUUGCUAAUAACUUAGAGCUUCUGUGAGAUAAAAAUAACAAUGAAAUCGUUGCUGAUUUUAAUAACUCAACUUUAUAUUUUGCUGUGUCUUUUUCGUGUUAACUUUUGUUGGAAGUUUUCAAUUCUGCCUAACUCGCAUGCUGAAUUAGGCGAAGGUCCACAUUGGCGUUAUCCAAAUCUUUACUAUGCUGAUUUUGCCACUGGUAACCUAUAUCGGCAUGAAACUACCACAAAGCGAACCUUCAAAUGUAAAAUAAAAAACGAAAAUCGUAGUUCAAUUAUAAUUCCAUACCGGAAUACGAAAGACUUAUUCGUAGUUGGCCUUAAUCAAAAAGUGGCACAGGUAAAAUGGGAUGGACGUAGCGCAGAAUGUCACAUUAUCAAAGUAUUAUUUAAGAUCCAUCCUAACGAUGAACACGUAUGGCUUAAUGAUGGUAAAUGUGAUGCUAACGGUGCGCUUUUUAUUGGAAGUGCAAAGUGUGGCCUCUUUCCUAAUCAAAAUUUAUACAAAUAUAAAGCCGGUACUAGGGAAAUUAUAAAACGAAAUAUAAAUAUAUCAAAUGGUUUCGCAUGGAAUCAUAAACGGAAUGAAAUGUAUCAUGUGGAUAGCGCAGCCAACACCAUCACAAAAUUUAAACUUGAUCACAAAGGCAAUAUAUUAGGUAGUCCGAAAAUUGUGUUCGAAUACAACGAAAGCAUAGAGACGUGUGAGGUUUCUGAUUUAGCUGUUAUGGAUGGCAUGACAAUUGAUACUGAAGGUUUUCUGUAUGUUGCUAUUUUUGGUGGAAAGAAAGUUAUAAAAAUUUGUACUCGGAAAUGGGAUAUAGUUAAAACCUUUGAUAUGCCAUGCGCUGCUGUAUCAUCUGUUUCUUUUGGUGGACCUAAUAUGGAUGUUCUCUAUGUAACAUCAGCAGCAAGUUUGUUUGAUAUUGCAAGUUAUCCUAAGCCAUGUGGUUCUGUAUUCAGCUUUAAUGUUGGCGCGAAAGGUUUAAGUCCCGAUGAAUGCUCGCUGGCAUUACCCUUGAAGAUUACAACUCUGGAGAACACACACGCAGAAUUGGCCGAUGGACCACAUUGGCGCCAUCCGAAUCUUUACUACGCUGAUUUGGGUACUGGAAACUUAUUCAGACGUGACACAACCACAAAUCAAACGUUCAAAUGUAAAAUUAAUAAAGAGAAUCGUGCUUCAUUUAUAAUUCCAUAUCGAAACUCAAAUGAUUUAUUCGUAGUCGGUCUCAACAAAAAAGUGGCACAGAUAAAAUGGGAUGGACGUAGUUCCCAAUGUUGCAUCGUCAAAGUGUUGUUCCAGAUAAAAUCUGAUGAUGCACAUGCCUUCAUUAAUGAUGGGAAAUGUGCUGCUAAUGGUGCACUUUUUACCGGAAGUGCGAGUUGUAAUUUUACUCAAUUUGAUGAAAAAUUAUAUAAAUACAGAAGCGGUUUUCCAGAAAUAAUUAAAAAAAAUAUUAGCUAUUCAAAUGGUUUAGUAUGGAACAAUAGGCGGAACGAAUUAUAUCAAGUGGACAGUAAAGAAAAUACUAUAAUGCAAUACACUUUUGAUCAGAAAAACGAUCUGUUAGGUAAACCAAAAGUUGUAUUCAAAUUCAAUAACACCGUGGAAUCCUGUGAGAGUUCAGAUUUAGUGGUCAUGGACGGCAUGACAACAGAUAGUAAAGGACAUCUCUAUGUUGCUAUAUUUGGUGCACAACUUUAUAUAUUUCUAUGCUUUCUUCAAAUGAGAGUGUCGGGAUUGUUAAGUAUACAUAUAGGAUAUAACGAAAAUCCAAAGAUUACAAUACUGGAAAAUACCCUUGUCGAUCAUGGUGAAGGCCCACAUUGGCAAUUUCCAAAUUUAUUCUAUACAGAUAUGGCUAACGGUCUUUUAUGUCGUCAUGACACUCUUCUAUAUCGAACCUAUUGUUGCAAAAUUAAUGGCUACGAUAUUGCUACAUUUAUAAUACCUUACAAAUAUUGGCGUAAUUGUUAUGUAGUUGGAAUGGGCAAUCAGGUUAACAAGGUUGAAUGGAACGGAAUAAGUUCAGAAUGCUUUAUUGUGGAACAAUUAUAUUAUAUAAAUACAACUGAUAGCAAUCGCUUUUUUAAUGAUGGAAAAUGUAACCACAAGGGAUAUCUUUAUACUGGAAGUGCAUAUCCUGUGUUUGAACAAGCUCAGGAGAAACUAUAUAGCCUCAGAAAUAAUAUUUCAGAUUUACUUAGAACUAAUCUGGCCUCAUCAAAUGGUAUGGCAUGGAAUUAUAAUCAAGGAAAAUUUUAUCACAUUGAUAGUGGCAAUAAUACGAUCACACAAUUUACUUACGAUAAUAGGGGCAAUGUUUUAGCAAAUCCGUCAAUUGUUUUUGAACUCAACGAGCCCAAGCCAAUUGCUUUAAGUAGAGAUACUAAACUGUUAGACGGAAUGACAAUUGAUAUAGAUGGUAAUCUGUGGGUUGCGAUUUUCAACACACCGAGAGUCAUAAAAAUUGAUCCAAAUACAGGCGCUAUUAUGAGAGAGUUUAUACUUCCAUGUGGUAGUGUAACUUCAGUCACUUUUGGUGGAUUUUUAUUGGAUAGUUUAUAUGUAACAACAUCUAGAUCAAUCUUUGGUUUCGUCAAUCCCGCACCUUGCGGUGCUGUGUUUCGUAUCAGUAAUAUUAGAGAGAGAGGUUACGAAGCUUAUAAAUUUAUUGGAUAAUACAAAAUAUGUUUUGUUAUGAUUAAAGUACUUGUUUUUGCAUUGUAACUAA